AUGAUUGAACCGAUAUUCGAUUUUUCGACGAAAGAUGUUAUUAUAGAGCCCCUUGUGAACGUUCCGAUUAAAGCUAGUUGUCGCUACACUGGUGUCUUGGUAACGGAGUAUCACGCUGACCAAGACGCGCCUCAUAUUUUUUUUGCUGAGAACAGUUUGUUUCGAUCAUCUAUCAGUAAAUUCAUUAUUCCAGUAAAGAUAAAGAUAAAAAGUUCACUUGUAAUUGAAUUCCUCGUUCAGAUGAUCGGUGCCAUCAUGGGGCGUUCUGGUGUUCGCAUCAAUCAAGUCCGACAAGAAUCCAAUGCAGAUAUCAAAAUCAGUCGACAAGAACCUGGUGUAGAAGAUCGAAUUAUAACCAUCACCGGUACCCCGGAACAAAUUCAAAAUGCACAAUUUCUUCUACAGAUGUGUUUGAUAACCUCUAACGAUUUUCGAGAUUAG